GUUUUAUAUUUUCCUUUUCGCACAUUUUAAAUUCACCAUACCGCAAGAACCUCCUCUAGCACCGGCCUUGUACGUUUUCGGAGAUUCAUUGCUCGACAGCGGAAACAACAAUCUUCUCCCGACAUUUGCUAAAUCAAACUACUUUCCUUAUGGGGCCGAUUUUGCGGGCGGAGCCACUGGAAGAUUCACAAAUGGGAAAACAGUGGCUGAUUUCAUAGCUGAGUUUCUUGGUUUGCCAUUUCCUCCUCCUUACUUGAGUUUGCAAAGAUCAAUGCUCAUCACUGGGAUGAACUAUGCAUCUGGAUCGUGUGGUAUUUUGCGUGAAACUGGCAAUGAUUUUGGAAAGUGUUUGAGUAUAUCGGAACAAGUUAACAUGUUCAACCAAACCAUGGGGAGGCAACUAUCAAGGUACUACAAGAGCCCAAAGGAGCUUUCAGAUUACUUGUCAAACUCCAUUUUCCUCAUUGCUAUAGGGAGUAACGAUUACAUCAACAACUACCUUCUUCCUAGCAUUUAUGAUACCAGUAGAAGUCACACUCCUGAAAACUUUGCUGAACUUCUUGUCAACACACUCUCAAUUCAAUUCCAGAAGCUGUAUGGAUUAGGAGCUAGAAAAAUGGUGGUAUUUGAGAUUGGGCCGAUUGGUUGCCUUCCCUUGUUUAAGCGCCGAAAUGAAGAAUGUGUUGACGAGUACAACCAGCUUGUAGUGAUGUUUAAUGAGCAGCUUGAAGCCAUGUUGAAAAACUUGAGCACAACUCUCCAGGACUCCCAAUUUAUACUCGGUCGUGCUCACUGGCUUGGCUAUGAUGCCGUCAAAACUCCUACUACAUACGGUUUGACAGAUCCAAGCAACCCUUGUUGUGUAACGUGGAGGCAGGGGGCUUCAGGAUGCAUACCAGAAAUGAAGCCGUGCCCUGAUGUCGACAAACACUAUUUCUGGGAUGCCUAUCAUGCUACUGAAGCUUUUUAUAGGACCGUUGCAAUGAUGUGUAUCAAUGGUACAUCUGUUUGCCUUCCAAAGAACAUAAAUGAUCUUGUCCGUUCCUGAAACUCACUCUCCUCCAAUGUUUUUCAAUCAAAAGACCGAAAGUUAUUGCAU